AUGUCUCACGCCGAAAAAACGCAAUACAAUUCGUUCGCGCCCAAGUAUGCUUCUGUGGAGGAGUUGCCCUGCUCGAAACUGGAGGGGCAGCUUGUGAUUAAUGCUCUGGGGGAUUGUACAGGCUUGAAAGUGCUGGAUCUUGGCGGUGGAAGUGGACUUCAUGCGAGAAGGGCGAUUGAUGCUGGAGCGAGUGUUGUUGAUGUUGUUGAUAUUUCACCGGAGAUGAUGAAAGCGGGUGAGGACAUUGAGAAGAGUCUCGGACGAAAGGAUCGCAUUCGUUGGUUCGAGGCUGAUGUCACCAAACCCGUCACGGAGCAGGUCAAGUUGGAGGAGGGUUACGAUAUCGUCAUGGCCAAUUGGGUUUUUGACCAUGCUACAUCUGUUUCAGAGCUGAGAAGCAUGUAUGAGAAUGUUGUCAAGAAUCUCAAGCCUGGUGGAAAGUUCAUUGGCGUGAGGUCAAAGAGCAUUCGAGCCGAGUACAUGAGCCACGGCAAAUACGGUGUCACCUUUACCGAUGUCACUGAGAUCCCGGGUGGAUUGAGAUACAAUGUUAAUUGUGUCACCGAGCCUCCAUUUUCAUUUGAAGCUACUUCAAUGGAAUCGACUUUCUCGCUCUCUGAUGACAUUGGAAAAGACCUGGGGUUGAUUGACAUAUAUGUUGCCUCUGCCGAAGAGACGGAGCUUGUCAAGAACGAUCGCGAGUUCUGGGAGGAUUAUCUUAAGGACCCCAACUUUGUCGUUGUAGUGGCGAAGAAAGCAUGA